AUGGCUCAACGGUUUGGGCCCUACCAUGUCGGUGAGACGAUUGGUCGUGGUACAUUUGGCAAAGUCAAGUUGGCCGUACACGAACCUACAGGAACGCAGGUGGCACUAAAAAUUAUCCCUCGAAAGGUCAUGGAUCAGGACGUACGUUCUAAUACAAAGAUUACGCGGGAAAUCACGGUUCUGAAGGUUCUUAGGCAUCCAAAUAUUGUGCGGCUUUACGAUGUGGUGCAAACGACGCAUGAUAUCGUUCUCUUCAUGGAAUACGUGUCUGGUGGAGAGCUGUUUGAUUACAUUUGUCGCAAAGGACGUUUGACAGAGGACGUUGCGCGUUCUAUUUUCCAGCAAAUUGUGGCUGGGGUAGCGUACUGUCAUCGGUACCAAGUGGCCCACCGUGAUCUAAAACCGGAGAACAUCAUGAUGGAGCAGGGUUCAACGAGAAUAAAACUUGGUGACUUUGGCCUAUCGUCUGUUUUUCGAGACGGCUGCUUCUUUGAGACAAGCUGUGGAACACCGAACUACGCCUCCCCAGAGGUGGUGAGUGGGAAACCGUACGCAGGACCAGAGACAGAUGUGUGGAGCUGUGGUGUGGUUCUUUACACCAUGGUGGUAGGGUGUCUUCCGUUUGAUGAUUGCAAUGUGGGAAAUCUUUUUAAAAAGAUUCAGACAGCCAAUUAUACCAUACCGGGCACACUCUCGGAGGAAGUUACAGAUCUUUUGAAGCGUAUGCUGGUAGUCAACCCUUUGGAACGUGCUACAAUGGAGCAAGUUAUGCGUCACCCGUGGGUUCUCCCCGCUUUUCCGUCUCAUCUUCUUGCCCUUCACUACGACACUAUCAUUGAUCACCUCACCUUUGGGAAGACAGUGUUAGCAACUGAACGCAAAUUGGACAAGAGUAUCGUCGCAGAGGUUGCUGCAAGUUUUCACAUGUCAGUUCCGGAGGUGGCAGCUAUUAUCGCUGUGCAAGAAAAACAAAAGUCCCCUUUAUUUAGUAUCAACUCAGCCAUAUGCGCAAAAGAAGCGGUACGCAAACGUUAUCCUGCCUCGGAGUUUUUUGAAAAAUCUGCAAAUGUGGUAGAUGCAAAACUGUGGCCAGCACCACUUAUUAUACCGUCUGCAGAGCACGCACUUCGUGAUAAGGACCACGAUUUACAUGUAUCGUACCAUAUCCUGCUGCACAAGAAGGAUCUUAUCUUGUUAGAGAACUUAUCCAACACCGAGGUGGGGUACGAAGCAGCGAACUCGUUUAUGUUAACACUCUCCACAAGUCAUGGAUACGGUUCACUCAAUGCGAAUUCAUUACACCAUGUAUCCCUGGGAAUGAGUAAUGCGUCUUGGAGUUUGCAACAGACAACCCACAAGGGGGGUCCGCAAACUAUACGCGUUAACAAGGAGGGUGGGAUCGCUUUUUGUGGUUCCCUACCUGCCUAUGUGCAGCCGGAGCAGCUGCUAAAAGGAGACGUAGAUGUAUACAUGGAGGGUUACAAUCAUAUUGUGGAAACCUGUAUUCUGCUGACAUCUUCCCGCUCCAAGCACACAAUUCUGGGAAAGUUGCUGGGGGUGGUGGAACGCCCCAUGACGGCGAUCAAACCAGAUAGGCCACUUUCAAAAACGCCAAUCAAGAACCGAACUAGUGGCGGAACUCUCCUCCAGCCUCUUCUUAAACCUAUGGCAGGGAAGGAUAAUCAUAAUUCUGGGACUACCUCGGCUGAUAGAGUGCUACUUCAACCCGUUUCCACCACCAAAAAGGGGAAAGACAAACGAAAUGACAAUGAUGACACGCGUUCUUCUAUGUGUGAGAGUGACAUUGCUUUUUCGUUGCCUUUGGCGCCAGGUGUACUCCAGUGUGACACAGUGGCACGUUUUGGAAACGACUUUGUGCGAAACGGCGUGCUGUUUUCUCACAGUGACAGUUCAACGACACUGAAGCACGUUUACAAUGCCAUGGAGGAAGAGGGUUUCUUAUGGAAAGGUAUUCAGCCCUUUGCUUUUGCCGCUGUGCUUCACCCAUCUGUGAAACUGCAGAUAAGGAUCUACAAGGUGACUGCUGAGGAGCAGGUUGUCGAUGUAAAAGUGUCCUCGCAGGGUGGCAUGCAUGCAUGCGAUAAGGCGGUGAAACUUUUGGAGCGGCUGCGGCGGAAAGCUGUUGCACAUACAGCGAAAAAAAUUGAAGGGGGACAUGACCGCACAUGA